CAUCUGUUUGUUAAAUAGGUAUUUGUUCAUGUGUUUUUGUAGCUGAGCUCAUGUUGCUGUGUGUAUGGAGGUAAUAUUACUAAAGAAAGGCUGCUUGUUUUUUGGUGAUGUUGAGCUGACAGCUUACUGCACUUUGCAGUGUGUUAGUGGUGUUGACACCCAGCGACAGCGUGUUGCUAACUAUAAACACUUGUCUAUUGCCUGUGUGUUGCAGCAUUUGGUCCGUGUGCUGCUGACUAAAUACUCAACCUUAGAGCCCUGUGCUGAUUGGCUUAUUUGUAGACUUAGCUUCUAUCCAACUAAACUUGAACUGAACACAAAGACGCAUGCACACACACAAGGCUUAACAAUUCCCCUAACAGUUUCUUUCAGAAACACAAACGGGCUCACUAAGCAGCAUACAGCUGGGAGGGGGUGGGGGUUUGAGGCGUUGACUGACCCGAUUCCUCCCUCUCCCUCAACAACACUGUGAGCGACAGAGGGUGCAGACAGGCAAGCAGCAGGCAGAAAGUGAGAGGCGAGCGGACGAAAGAGAAGACAAAGGAGGCAGAGGCAGCACUCGCUCUGCUCUGGAUUAACCCUUUCUCCUUACUAAAUGUUGCUUUUUGUGGAUUUCUCUCUUUUACGCGUCUUUCAUCAUCCCUUUGCUCAGCCGUGGUAUACUGUCUCUCUCACACACACACACUGUUUUCCCAGAGGAUCAACAAUUGGUGUUUGUGAACGGGGUCCUGGAGGAAUGAUCAUGGAUGGAUGGAGGCAGAAGGGAGGACUGUGUCUGCUUUUCCCAUGGAGAUUGUGUCAUUCUCUAUCCUCCCUCUGCUGGCUGAGCAGUCUCUUUCCUCUCGCUCUCUUUUGUAUUAAGGCACCCUCCCUCAUUCCCUCUUUCCUUUCUUCCCUACCUUCGCUGCACAGGCUUUUGUCUAUCUGACAGGCUUGUCUUUUUAACGCUCUCCCUACCCAGCGACCCCCUUUGACCGACUCAAAGACCAGACGAAUCUGACUGCGAGCAAAGGCGUCAGGCUAGGCUAACAGCUAGCCACCAGAGCGGUGUAUACACCCCAGGGUAUCACUGCUAAGCUUGUUGUGCAAGUUGGAUCUAUGAGUGUGUGUGUGUCUGAGUGUGAGAGAGAGAGUAAAUGAGUUCAGACAUCACAGCAGAAGCAUUAGCUGACAGAUGACUAGUCGUUUCAUUGUGGAUUUGGUGCGACCUCAGAAGGAAGGAAGACAGCAGAAGGAAGGAGAGGUGCGUAUGCAGAGUUGAAGGGAACACCCCUAACACUUGCUGCUCAGUAUGCUCUCCUGAAUAGAUUCUGUGGACUUUUUGUCUGUCAUUUCAACAGUGACAUUACCAUGAGAAAGUCUGGCCAACCCGGGUCUGGAAUUCUUUAUUUCACAACAUGGUGGUGGUUUGAUUUUCCUUCAUUCAUUUUUUACCACUAACGCUCCAGAAUGGAAAUUACGUGAGUUACUGGCAACUUGCAGCCUUGGGUCAACCAUUUCACCCCAAAUAUUUAGAAAUUUGCUUGUGGAAAAACUAUUUUGACUCAGUCUUGUUGUAGAUAGAUUUACAAUCUGUCUGCUCUCUGACACCCAACGGGGUGAAGAUGAAGAAAACAAGCAGCAGCACGCUGAGGCGGGCUUGGCCCAGCUCUGACCUAGUAGAGUGCCCGUUGCCACCAGCGGUCUCUGGGAGUCGGCGCUCUCGCAGCGAGAAGGACUACAGAAUCCACAAACACAGCAAGAGGAUCCGCUACCCUCCACAGUAUCUGUGCCAGAGUCCGCCUGCUUACAUACACACAGGUGAUGUGUCACCCAUCAGUAUGUCCCCCAUCAGCCAAUCGCAGUUCAUCCCUUUGGGAGAGGUAUUGCUAUUGGCUAUCUCUGCUAUGAACUCAGCCCAUAAGCCUGUCACUCAGGAGGCCCUAACUGAACACCUGCAGACAUGUUUUCCAGGUGUUCCCACGCCAACGGAGGAGGUUCUGCACCACACGCUAAGCAUGCUGGUCCGUGAGCGGAAAAUCUACCCAACACCCGACGGAUAUUUUAUUGUAACCCCCCAGACUUACUUCAUCACUCCGAGCCUGAUCCGAACCAGCUCCAAGUGGUACCACUUAGACGAACGAUCUGCUGACCGACACCAACAGCAGCAACAUCAGAACCAACAGCAGCAUCAGCAGACGCAGUGCACCUCACCUCUCUCUGGCACCAUCACCCCAUCCACCUCUGGAGCCGUGCGAGAUCGAACACACCCAAAGUCCAGCCAAAACCACAGUGCGGGAGGUGGGGAUUCUUUUUACAACAACAGUUACCGUGGGGAAGACCCCCCUAGCCACCACACCACUUUGCAGCGCAGAUCCCCCAAAGACCACCGGGAGGCGUACUCGUCCCCACACUCCCCACAAACACCUCCUCAGCAAGCAGGAGGCAACACAGAAAAGAAUCGCAGCACCCUCGGGUUCCCCUUCAAGACGGACACGCUCACCAAGCAUCGAGGAGGGGGAGCAGGAGGGGGAGGAGGAACUGGAGAGACUGAGAAACAAGCAGGUGGAGGAAGUGGUACAGGAAGUCGGAAAUUUGGUUUGAAGCUGUUCCGUUUGAGCUUUAAAAAGGACAAGGCCAAGCAGCUGGCCACCUUCUCUGCACAGUUCCCCCCUGAGGAGUGGCCGCUACGUGACGAAGAGACGCCUGGCCAGCUGCCACGCCAUGUAGAGAUGGAGAUCAUUCGGAGAAUCAACCCUGACCUCACCGUGGAGAACCUCGCCCGGCACACAGCGGUCAUGAAGCGUCUCGAAGAAGAGCGGGCCCAGAGGAGCAAAGCAUCAUCAGCCAAUCAGAGCUCCAGAAGUAGGAGAAGUGGGGGUAGACACAGGAAACAGUCUCAGACCAAACUCAGUCGCUCACAUAGCAAGACUAGGGCGUCCCGUGGUGAGCCGAGUGAUGGUUCCCACCUGGAGCUGGCUGACAGGGACUACAGAGCCUACUCAUCCUCACUUGCUCGGUCACCGAGGGAACAUGCCCUGGCCAUGGAGCGGCAGCGGGCCCGGCUUCACCUGGCACACAGCAACCCCAACAUCCUCGACUCAUCCCACCUGCCGGUCACGCCAGAGUGGGAUGUGUCCGGAGAGCUCGCCAAGCGACGCACAGAAAUGCCUUUCCCAGAGCCAAGCCAUGGCCCGUCCGCCCACCACUCCAAAGUCCACCGCUCACACUCGCAUACCCAGGAGAGGAAGUCGAGAAACGAACGCAGCGACAAGGCCAAGGAACGUUCCAGAUCCAUGGACAACUCUAAAGGACCACUUGGGGCCGGGUUGAUAGGACCACCCGAUUAUUAUGACGACCGGAGCCGUUACUAUACUGAUGAUGGCACCCUGCGAGCCAAUCAGAUCUCUUCUCACUACUCUCGUGCCACACCCCCCUCAGCUAAGCUGCCUGUGGAUUCUCUGGGAAUGGAUGGUGGCAGGAGCUUAGAGAAGAGUAAGAGCAGGGACAGCCUGCCAGCGUACUCACCCAAACCACUACCCAGCUCUAUCCCGCCUGAUGAUUACUUUCAGUGCACUGGUUCCUCUGAGGCGGUUCUCAUAGCACCAAACCCACUGGGAACUCUGGGCAAAAAUAACCAUGAUGGAUUAAAAAUGGGCAGCACGGACAGGAAAACAGACAGACAGACACCCCAUCCCCUAGAAAAUAAAGAGGAUUUGUCAAAGGUGGGACCUAAGGGUGGUAGCCUGCCUCCAAUAUCUCUCUCUAUCCCUGACCCCCCCCUUCCUAAUGGACGACCUCCCCACAGUGUCUCCUCUGGUCAGGAGAAACGUAAGGAGAUCUUUAGCAAAGACACACUCUUCAAACCUCCUCCUAGCCUCCCUUUGCCUGGCUACAGCUCCCUGAGAAAACCCCCGGCCCUUGCCUCCUCUACUCUGUCCUCGUCCUGCGAUGCACUUGAUUCCCAGGAGGCCUUUGAUGCUCCCAAACCUCUGGUUGCCACACCAUCUGCUCUCCCACAGGGGAUUGAACCCUCGACCAGUGCUGCAGAGGCGUCAUUCGACUACUACAAUGUCUCAGAUGACGAUGAACUCGAGGAGGGAGGGACUAAAAGUCGAGGAGAGGACGAGAAGGCUGGAGGGGGCAUUGUUGGGAUGGGAGGGGGUGGAGCAGGGACCAUGCAGUGGCUAUUGGAGAGAGAGAAGGAAAGGGAUCUACAGAGGAGAUUUGAAAGAACCCUCACUUUCCCGGGUGCUAAAGAGAACCUUCCAGAGCCUAGUCAGAACCAGCAGUCAGCCCACUCAGCUAGACUGGACAGUAUGGACUCUAGCUCCGUCACUGUUGACAGUGGAUUCAAUUCACCACGAACAAGGGAGAGCCUAGCAUCUAACACCUCUUCCAUAGUGGAGAGUAACCGUCGGCAGAACCUGGCGCUGAGCCCUGGCCACCUUGGCAUUUCCACCGGCAACGGCCCUCCCUUCUCCUUCCGCGCCAUUCCAGAACCUGCCAGCACCCAACCAGAGAAACUCCAGAAGCCCAGCGCCUGCCUUGCGUCAAUAACCAGCGUCUAGGGGCGGAACUAAGGGCUGGGUGGAUUGCUGAGAGCUAAUGGACAGGGCCCAGAAAAUAAAGGUCCCACCACUAAGGACUGUUACACCUUUAGACUGACAGACUCUCUGAAUCAGUGGAGCUGCCACAGGGCCACUGUGGAACUAUAGCUGUUAACACACACACACACACACUUACAGAUACAAACAGAGGACUUCAGACAACCUGGAAACUGCUCUCUCACACCCCACACACACGUACACACCAGGCCACCAGGCAGAUGGACACACUCUGACCAUGUCAUUCUGCAGCCUAUAGUUUACACACUGCUGUUGUGUUGUUUCACUUAUGUGGUUUCUUGUGUGUGUGUGUGUGUGUGUGUGUGUGUGUGUGUGUGUGUGUGUGUGUGUGUGUGUGUGUGUGUGUGUGUGUGUGUGCGUGCGUGCGUGCGCAUGUGAGCGUGUGUGUGUGUUUGGGGAGGGGGGGGGGUAAAGUUUGUAUAAUCUGUAAUCUCAGGUCAUGUUAUUUCCCCUCCCAUUCCAGCUGCUCCAGAUCAGCGCAUCUCCCUCUAGUGGUGCCUCCUGGUAUUACACACUGAAGAGACUACUGUUACUGAUGGUACACUUACUGAUCCAGCUCCUGCUCACUACUUGUUUCUGUCAGUUCUCUCAAAUUCACCACUGGCAGACAUCCUGACAGUUACUACCAUUAACCGUCAGUCUAAAAUGCAGCAGUGUGAGGUGGUUAGACAGUGAAUAACGUGACAGGGAUGUUUUUACUGUAACCCCCUCUGUAGAAUGAAUCUGAGCAGCUCUUGUGUCUGUUGGAUUCCAUGAUGCCCAUCUGAACUGCCUGAACACGGUUUAACUAUCCCCUCCAACUGUUGUCAGAUAUAUGGAAAGCCUGAGGUGUAGCUCCAGGGAUGAGGUUUUUGAUUAGAGACUAAAAGAGUUUCAUGGAGACAGAUCUUCUUCCAGCUUGUUCUCUCUUUUUAUGUUACCCCUUAUGCCCAUGGGAUGCAGCUGUGCCAUACAUAUUUCAGCUCUGUUGUGGCCGUCAUUCCAGCACAUGUACCACUGUCCACUGGACACAUGCUCUAUUCACCACUCCACCAUUAUAACAGGCCAGGUGUGUUUUUCUCAAAAAGAUAAGACUUUAUUUAUCCUUGAGGGGAAAUUCAACAGCAGAGAAACUGGCUGAGUGGUAAAGAAACAUAGAGAACUAUUUGAAGGAAAUUUAUACAGUAUAUAGAUUACAAGUCAAUUUGUAUACAGUGUAUAAAUGUCUAUAUUUACAGACAGUUGACAUGAAAUUAAUAUUUAAUGACAUGCUGCGUUUUGCUCCUGACUUUCUCUUUAUGUACAUAUAGUUUGUUUAGAGUCACCUCACAGUGGCGUUAAGAUAUAAGCUACUGAGGUCCUGCAGGUUAGGUCACAGCCUGUAACACCCACAAUACUGGCAGGCAGAAAACUUGUUUUUCUCUGUCCAGCUAGCAUAUUGAUGUAUUCACACUGACUGCUGAGGCAGCUCAUUUCACAUGAAAAUGACAGGUUCCACUAUGGCAGUCACAGCACUAAACACACAGUUAAACUUCACCUCGUUCCUUUCAAUAAGCAUCACUGAGAUGUGUGGAUAUCAGUGAUUAAAAGCAGUGUGGUGGGGGAGAUACUACAAAAGAUGUGGCCAUUGUUGUGUCUGGAGCUGCUGCCUUGCUACUGCCCCCUCCGUAUGGCACUCUGUGCUAUUGAUGCUACAACGUCACAGCAGGACCUCAGUAGAAACAGAAAAUCUUUUUGAUUUUAUAUGGACAGUUUUCAGUAUUUAUUGCUUAUAUACGAUUCCAAAAGUUGGAGGACGAUGCGGAGUGGGUGGAGAAAUAGAUGAAAAUGUUGGCUACACAACUCUAAACAGUUUUAGAAACCAAGCACUUUCCUUCCAGGAAACACUUGAAACAGAAAUACCAAGAACAACUAAACCAAACAACAGCCAGUAUGUGAAGAUGGAACGGCUGCAUACGGUGGACAUGGGGGGUCACGGUCACAUCACUGUAGAGUUUCAGAGCUAAACUGUUAAAAAGUGAGUAGCUUACUUGAACCAGCAAAAAGCACUGAUCCUUUAUGUGUAAAUCCUGGCAUCAGUGAAAGUAGAUUGUUUUGCAGUUAAAGGCCAGCCCAGCGUGUACGAGUGCAAUCAUCAGGAGCAGCUGCACGGGCACUUGAUGUGGCUGAGUGCCCAGCAGAGAAUAUGAGAUGUGAUCCAGACUAGUGUUAUACACAACAAGCAGGGAUGUGACUUAGUCUUUUGGUUUCAGUAGUUCUUUAUUUAUACACAACUUAACCAUUAAUUUACAUUUCUAUCAAGUUCAUGACUACUUGAGUAGUAGUGAAUCAAACCCUUAGCCACUCUCACUCCUGGUGCUAAGUUGUAUUAUGGUCAGUGAUGGCCAUGAUAAAAAGAGUGAUGAUAUAGUUGGAAUAUAGUAUUAAAUGGCUGCUUACACUUUUUUUUUUUAAGUUUCACCUGCAUACGUUUGGCAGUGGCCAUUUAGUGAAGCAUUUGGGUGAACAUGACUGGGAUUACACAGUGACUGAACUGAUGGACGGGGUAACCACUGACUCUGGCACGGGGCCAUGUGAAAUAAGACCUAUAUUUGAAAUGUGUUGUUUUCAUCAUUAAACCCGACCUGAGCUGUGCUGGAACUUCUGCAGUCCUAUAGCUCAAUCAUUUCCUAUCCUCCUAUAGGUUCAGGGAGCUGUCAGUCAUCCCAAUGUUGUCGUCCUAUAGGCUCCUCUACAACUACCUCCACAGCAGCAAAAACAGCCCUCCGUUCUGCUAUCACACUGUCAUCAGCCUCUAGCCUGUGAAUGUCUACACACACGUUCAUACACACACACACACACACACACAUUUAUACACUAACACACUACACAUCAAAGUGCUGGACGCCCAUGCCCUUUCUUCACUAACAAGGUUUCUUCUAAUGGUACAUAAUAACAUUGUGUUUCAGCUGCAUUAACACCCCCCAGCCCCCUCCCUGUCAUCAUUACAGCCUACUACAUAACUUCCUCUGCAGAGGUCCCAGAAAGGGACUUCAACCCAAAUAGUGUUUCCUUCUCACCAAUAAGAUGUGUAAAACAAAAUCCUGACAUACAGCAAUGCAAGCUAGCCCACUGUGGCAAGGCACAACAAACUAAAUAUCAGAUUCAGUGAGGUUAUGCACACUGUAAGACCCCAGACCCCCCUCACUGGCCUCCCACGUGUGUACACAUUUUGUUUGUUGAAACGCACGACCAACCCCGACAUACUGCUACUGGGAAUCAAACUCAUGCAAUGGUAGACUGGAACUGUACCUCUUCACCACCAUGUGCUCAGAACAAACGUACCAAACACUUCUUUCAUGAAAACUCCCCUGAUCGCAUUAAAGAACUAGUCAAAUGGCUCCAGGUACAAUGUAAGAAGGUAUUAUCCUUACCACUGAAGUAGGAUUCUACUCCCUGAUCUCUGUUGGGGAGAUUAGUUCGCUCUCUGCUCUGCAUCUUGACACAAGGGUCCAACUGUAUGUGUUUUCACUACAGUAAAAUGUUAAGUCUGUUUCAACUACUAAUACUAGGGCUUUACCCUCUUCUCCCUCUGUACAACGGUACUGGUUUAUAUUCUGUCCCUAAUGGACUGACAUUUGUCUUCUACGAAUAUGGUCUGUCAAUAUUUUAUGAUUCUAAUCUCUGUUAUGCCACUGGAAGAGAUUUAUAGUUCCACUGCUGUUCUUGGGUUUUAGUCCUCAGGGGUACAGGGACCUAAACUCCAAGGGGGACUAAAACCCUGGAGGGUAUUUCAGUAUUCUAGGAUUGUAGCAGGGUUCUAAUACUAUUUAAGGGUGUUAGUCCUUUUCCUGUCAGUAUUCUAAGGGUAUAGUGUACAUCCUUUGUGUAUCUGUAAGGGUACACACAUGCAAUCAUAUCCAACAUGUGGACCACCGGAUUAUCAAGUUGUCUGAUCCUGUGUCACCAUCCACUGUUUUGUAAGUCCUGCCCAUAUUUGUCAUAAAAUCACCCUGUUUUCAUUGUUUUGAUUCUGUAUAAUGAAUGAACUGUGUACGGUUCUCGUCUCUCCCCUAACCCAAUAGGCUUCCAUCCAUUACAAAACAGCAGUAGGGCUUUAGUCCUUACUACAUCAUUACAGUAAGGUUCUAGUCCUAAUUAUACCUAUACAGAGGUUUAUAGUGCCAGUUGUACCCACAUAGUUGGGCUUUAUCCACUAUUCUAUGACUACAGAAAGACACACAGACAGGGAUAUGUCAAGAUUUUGUUAGUCAAGUCUCUGUUCCACUUUUACCAUUUAGAGGGUGACCUGUCCCUACAAAUACAGUAGUUUCAGUCUAUUGUACCACUAAUAUAUUUUUUACCACUAGAGUUAAAUUUCUGUUCCUACAAUGGAGUUUAAUCUACAAUGCACCACAGUUCAGGGGUUUUAGCUCUUGUUCCACAGCCACAGUGGGGUUCUUGUCUCUGUUCCAUCAGUAAAAUAGGGCUGUAGUCCCCUCCCUGGGUUCUAUCCCUUAUGUCUGAUGUUUGCACUGCCCCCUUCCCCAAUCCUCCUUGCUACUGUCCCAGUGGCCCUCCAUCAGUCCCCUCCAGCCAGUCUUCUAACCUUCCAUCCCUUUUUUACACUGACGGUCCAUGAAAUGUCUUCCCUUAACAUCUGCGGUGGUUUAUAAAAAUGGAGGUUCAACAAUAACAUUGUUUCUAAUGGUGACGGUAUGUCAUACCUGUAAAUGAUGUUUAUCUGUCAUGCCUAGUCAAAUAAUUUAAACAAUAAAAAGAGGGAUUUUUUAAAUGUCUAUAAUAUCUAAAAGUCCCUUUGAUGUGUAGUACUGGUGUUACUGUUGUUGUAGUGUAUGUGAUACCAUAUGGGGAUUGUGUUACUUUUUAAGAUAAUAAAAUAACAAUGUUUGGUUACA